AUGUGGGAGGCCACUCACCAUCACCACUCGAAGGUGCAGGUGAUUCCUCCGCCUUCCUUGAAAUUCUAUCUUGGCUUCCACCUCUCAGUCUCCCCCUCAAACCUGUUCCCAGGUGCUAGGCGUGGUCAAGCCCAAAUUGCAAAAUUCAAUUAUCAUCCAAUAUUUCCAUCAGUGGGGAAUUCUUAUCGCGUCCCUGGAGGUCGGUUGCAUUUGGGAUCUGUUAUCUGUCGCCUUGUCUCGCCAGCUCUUUGGAGGCCUGUCUUUUUCCUUAACGGGUUUCGAUUCGUCCUUCUUUCGUUCCGCCGAACACGAUUUGGUGUCAUCUUCUUUUUAGCUGAACGGGGUGAUGCGGUGGCCGCUGUUCAGCACUCCCCCUCUCAACCAUCUCUUGUGCAUCUGCCAAAACUUCGUCAACUGUUCUCUUCCUACACCCUCCAACUUCCAUAUUGCUGUUCCUACAGCAAUCAGGUUGCGGCCAACUAA